AUGGAGUCUACUCGUCUAGGUUCACAAUUUCCUCCUCACAUCACCCUGGAACCGCAGCACGCCGGGGUCAUCAAGCGCAUUCGUCAGGCUUGCAGCAACUGCCGGCAGCGCAAGACCAAAUGCUCGGGCGAGAAGCCCCAAUGCGUCAAUUGCAAGCGAAUCAAGCGCUCCUGUCACUAUGAGCCAUACUCGGCGACCUCCACGUCUGCGGCUCUGGCCACACUCCAGAGCUCUCAGAUAACAUCUGGUGCUGAACCCGGCUCUCAGAAUCGCGUCGCCGUCGACCCUCCCAUAUCCUCUAUAGACCCUGGAUGUCCUCUACAGCUCAUCAGAACACUCAUCGAUACGUAUUUCGUCCGAGUCCAUAACCAGCCAUACUCGUACUUCCAGGAGGAGAGCUUCAGGCGCAAACUUGAAAGCGGGUCAUUACCAAAAUGUCUUGUGUUUGCCGUCAUCGCAAGUGCUCUUCGAUUUGCAGAUCUCGACUUCUACCGUGGUGCAGUUCAGGAGGCGCAGGCUGCCUAUGCGAGGGAGGCAUGGCUCUCCGUCCUGAACGACCACAUGACAGCCGAAAAUUCGCCGAGUAUCCACGUAGCUCAGACAACAAACAUCUUGGCGAUCAUCGAUUUUACUUCCGGCCGAAUCAGCUCAGGAUGGCUGAAGAUCGGCCUGGCCAUCAGAAUUGCCCAGGACCUCCAACUGAUGAAGGAGCCCAGCGAGGAACUCUCCAAUGUCGAGCGAGAAGAGCAAAGGAGGGUGUUCUGGUCCAUCUAUCUUCUGGACAAACUAGUGUCUUGUGGCAAAUCUCGCCCGCCAGCCAUUUCGGAUGAGGAUUGUCAGGUCCAGCUGCCCUGCGACGAGCAGACAUUCCGCAAUGGCGGCCAGAAGAGGACGGCCACACUCGAUCAACUGCACAAAUGGGACGCCGAGUCUCUGUCCACGUGCGGAAAUUUUGCUCUAGCCCUGCUGGUUGGGUCUGCUCUUGGCAGAUGCGCCCGCUACGUCCUCCAUGAGCGCAGAAGGGGCGAGAUACCGCCUUGGGAGUCCACGUCCAAUAUGGCAUCGAUCAACUCCUUCCUCUUGCUGGUUGAGUCUCACUUGCAAGUCGAUGACCGGUCCAUUGAGGAAAUAAUCGCUGACAAUAAGCUGACGACGGGAGACGAUGGUAUUGAUCACCAGGCAAUAGGUCAUGUAAUAUUUGCUCACGCGGUCUUCCAUCUGUGCCACAUUUUGCUGAAUCAUCCCUUUCUCCUGCGGCUACACCUACCAGAGUUAUCCGACGGAGCCCCUCCGAGCUUCCUUUCACGGGCUUUCCGGACUGGAGCUGAGCAUGCCCGUAAGCUUGCAAACUUCCUCGUCGAUGCGGCGAAGUCCGGCUGUCAUGUCGCGUCCUCAUUCUAUGCGUACUCGGUUGCAGUCGCUGGUAGCGUCCUAGUGCUCCAUUUCCAUGCGGCACAAAACAAAAGGCCACAGCGUUGCGCAGAGCUCGAAGAGAGCAUCCAACAUAUUAUAGACACGUUGGACCGUAUGGGCUUGUUCUGGCGGCAUGCCUCCAAGAUGAAAAGCCGACUGUUAUCCUUCAAGGAACACGGACACAUCUUCGCUUCUAUUCUUGACCCCCGUGCGCAACCAGCGCUGGACCCAGAAUUUGAAUCGACCUUGUGGUCGAUGGUGGACUAUGGGACCAUGUGUUCCGACGGUACGCUCGUUAUGCCUACACGGCCCGAUCCAGUGGCCCCAGCCGAAGGAGAAGUACCCCAGGACACUCCCUGUGGGAGCUUAGAAAUGAGUGUAGGAGGGACGGCGACGGACGAUAUCUAUAUGCCGUCCUCUGAUCAAAUCCAUUCAGACCAAAUGGUCUUCGAGAACUUCGACAUCCAUUCCCUGGAUUAUCUUCUCGAUCUUCCUUCAGGCAGCGGUCAAGCAUAA